GGCUAAUCAACUGGAUGGUUACUCGUAGUUGCGACAUGUUUCGCAAAAAUCGAUAGAGCAGGAGUAGAUGACACAGACUACGGGUAAAUGAGAAGACAACAACUGAACGACAUUGUGCAAAGUGACUCAAGAGUUUCAACGAUACAGGGUACAAACAAUUGUUUGGGACAUACAUCCUGAUAUCCUUUCUGUGGCAAUUCACCAAGUACCUCAAUGGACAUAUUAAUAACCAGAACCGAGAAUCAUAUGUGGUUUGUUCUUCAGAUUAAGGAAACCUUGGAAAUACAAGGAGAUCGUCACAAGAUAUGUGUCAACCCUGCGCAUCUCUUGAACGUGAAUAUAGACAGUAUAGCUCUGCUCCACACAGCUUUACCGUUCACGCAGACAGAAGCAUCAUCACAGGUCCAAAAAGGAAUAAGGAGGUCAAGAAGGGGAAGAAGAAGAUCCUCCAGGACAUAGAGAAGAAAGUGUCAGCUCUCAGGAACACGCUCGGGGGACAUCUGCUGGUUCACCUACACGGACAGAAGGAGGGAGACAGGUAUCUGGAGUACUUCCACGAGUUUGUGGACAAAACUCUACAGGACUUGAUUGAGUGUGGAUCUUCCUAUGUGGACACAUAUCGCACAACAUGGUUGCAUGAGACAAUAGGCUUUGAAAACUAUCAAGAUGUUUUAUUGAUAGAUGUAGCUCUCACGUGUGGAAUUUCGACGGCAAAUGUUAACACCAAGAUAUGCAAUGACUUUGAAAAAACAAAUCCGACAACUUUUAAUUUAGUUUCCUUGCUGGCACAUUCUCGAUACGAGGCAUCACAUGGUGCACCUGCUUUAAAGGGAAUUGAUCAAGACAAGCUGCAGCUGUACCAAGAAUCUCAGAAUGUUGAACUGAAACUGUUCUGGCCAAUGAAUGACAUCUCACAUGUGCAGUAUAUUUGGGAAGAUCUUAAACUCAAGGACAAUAUAACGUCUUUCUCUAAAGUUCCUGGUGGAGGAUCGUUUUUUGUGGGAGUAGAGGAAAGAGAGGUCACGGAGAAUGGUUACAAGACUAAAGUUCCCCAUUUUGUCGGAUUUCAGGUUGAUAAUCCAGAAGAACUUAAGGAUGAUCUGUCCAGGAAGGUAGAGGAGGAACUGUGUGUGUUAUCUUUCACUGGUCAUUUUUGUGACCCACCGUCUGAUCUCGUCAAGAUAGGAAUCCAUAGACUACCUGACGUGGGAAACAAGUGUGUACUGGAAGUAGCAGUGAGGUUCUUUGGUGGAAUUGUCUUCUAUGACAAACAGGGGCCAAGAAUUUAUGAAAUACAGAAACAUGGUAUAUUCAGAAUGAAAAGGACUGAGUGGCUACGAAGAAUCCGGCAGCUCCCUUCGUGGAAAGGGAUACAAACAAUGAGAAGGAGACAGAGAACGAAAACAAUCUAAACACACAGAUAAAAGAUGUGUAGUGAAUACAGUGACUGUUUCUUUUUUCAUGAAUGUUGUUAUGCAAAUAUAUUUAGCUAUGCAGGGUACUUGACAUUAAGUUGAAAAACAUAGUGAUUGGCUUGACACUUGGAUUUCCAAUAUUUUAAGAGAAUAUAGGAAAAAGAUUUCACUGUUUGUCUUGUGUCAUUGGGGGAAGAUUCCCUCAAAGAGCGCUAUCCCACAGAAGUCACAAUGUCAUCCAACGAGAGUGAAGACUCGGAUUUGUCCAGCACCUACAGCUCUGACGUGGAGGUGCAGCACUCCAUCACCAGACCACGACCGACAGCAGGGGUCAAGUAUCUGGACUUUGACGAUAUGGACUAUUCCUAUGCAGUAUUUGAAACACCUGACAUUGCAGACUGCAUUCAUCCAAUAGACGUGAAGCUAUUUGUAAGGCCGGAUAUUUUAACAUCCGUCAAAUCCAUACCUAAUUUAAACUUCGUCUACAUCAACUCCCCUGCGCUGACGUUCCUGGAGCCAGAGGUGGAGGUGCCAGCUCCACACAGCGUCAUCUGCGACGCCUACAUCUUUACAACAGACGGAGUGGUUCUCGUCCUGACGUUUGUUUCCAGAGAUGAGCCUGACGCUGUUUUUUACAACUCCACACAGGCCCGGGCUCUGACUGUCGCUGUCAGGAGCAGAACUUACACAAACUUUCGUCCCGUGCAUGGCGUCAUAUCGCCAGAUAUAUACAAAUGUUCUGGUAACUUCCUGUCCAGGAUCCAGCAACUUCACAAAACUGCAGCGCAUGUGUCUGUACAUCAGUCCUUGACUUCCAGAGAUGGGAAGAUGGUUGACAUAUUCAGGACGAUGACUCAGCACCAAAGGCCAUCAAGAAAACUCACAGAUUGGAAGAGAUUAUUUGUGAAGACAGCUGCCUACCAGGAAGUCCGAGACCAGCUACAACAACACAACCUGGUGAUGCUGACUGGUGGUCCUGGGGAAGGUAAGACCACAAUAGGACACAUGCUGUGUUGUGACUACCAGCAACAAGGAUACAACACAGUCUUCUACAGCAGAUGGGAGCACUUCAACAUGGAUGUAUUCCAGGCAACUAAACCUACACUGGUGGUGAUUGAUGACAUGCCAGAGCACUGGGUAUAUUCAAACUUUGUCAGUGAGAUACGCAAGAAAACUUAUACCAACAAGCUUGUUUGUGUUCUUAUUAUAUGCCUGACCUGCAAACGAGAUACCUUCAAUCGAAAGACGGACAUAACACAGAUAGGAAGACAGAACUGGGACAGAACAAAGCAGGAAUAUUCCCAGAUGCUGCAGAUGCAGACAGACAUUCCAUCGGACACACGGGAGGAGAUCAUAGCUAACCUUCCUUCAUAUGUCGGUUUCCCCAAGGUCAUCAAACACUUCUCUCAACACAGACCUACCACAGAUCCCAUAACAUUUUUCGCAUCUCCUCACUCACAUUUCAGUAAAGAAAUAGAAAGAUUACUUAGAAUUGUUGAUUAUUCUGCUGCAGUAAUAUAUAUCUUGGUUUCGGGCAACAAAUUGAAAGACAGCUAUCGGUAUAAGUAUGAAAGUGACUAUGGUGUGAGAGAGGAUCAGUCUCUCUUUCCCGAAUUAAGAACAGAUAAUCUUCCUGACAUGUUACACACAUUGUGCGCCACCUAUCUAUGUCAGUCUGGCAAAAAUAUUAGUUUCACAGACCCUGUCAUAUAUGACGCCUGUGUGUUUGUUGUUGACAACAAGUUUCCUGGAGUUCUCUGGAAAAACAGCAAAGUUAUAUGUGAGACUGGCAACAAGAAAUCUCUCCCAGACAUACCUUAUAAAACCAUCUUCAUCUCCAGUCACAACACAGACAUGUUACUGACAAAGCUGGUAGAAGACACAAGGAGAGGGAAGUUCAGACACACAUUCAGUCACCCAGUUCUUAGCAGUGAGGACAACAUAGACAGGUUCCUGACACAGCUCGAGGACAGUUUUAUGGAUGUUCUACAAUCACAGGAUACAGCUGAUUCGUCCAUGGGUUCAAGGAGCUUCUUGUACUGGGUCCUACAGUCUCGCAACGAUUACCUGUGUCAGAAGGUGUUACAGAAACAGGAACUGUCACAGGUACAUGUCAGUGAAGAACUAGCUUGUUGUAUCAGACUACAUGACACCAAGUCCUUCCUGUAUCUACGGCAGCAGCUGCUUGGUCUACAGAGGGGAGAUAUCACCUAUACACCAAACUAUACAGAUGAUGAUGGAAACUCUCUUCUUAUGAUGUCUGUGGGCAGAAAUAAUGCCAACAUGGUCAACAUCUUACUGAAACAUGAGGCAGAGUGUCUGAUCAAAAACAAAGUCGGACAUUCUGCCCUCCAUCUCAUUGAGGCCUGAUUGAGGGGAUAUACAGAUGUUGCCAAGUUACUGCUUCCC